AUGGAGCCAACUACUCCUCCGGCUGGGAUCCGCAAGACAGGUCUCAAGCGGGAGCAUACCGCCGACCCAGCCCACGGCCGCCUGAAGCGUCGCCGCCCCGACAGACAAGCACCCGAUUCUUCCCCUACCCAGCAGCAAGAGUCUCGGCCGUACUCUAUAAUUCCGCAGCAGCAGCAGCAGCAGCUGUAUGUUCCCGUACGGGGCGACGAGAGCCGCCGGCUGGGAAGUCCGGGGCAGCCCAGAGCCCACGACACCAGGGGUAUACCUGUCAACCAUCUCGGGUCCGGCAACCUUCAAGGCGUGGGGACAAGCACCACCAGUGAUCAGAGCGCGAAUUAUUACCCGCUGCACUUAAGCUUACACCAGCACGCACGUCAUGGACACUCAGACGCCCCUGCUAGCAGCAGAGGUGCCCACUCCGGCACUGCUCGUCAAGAGAACCCGCUGGCUCUGUGCUUGAGUCAGGACACUUUGCCACCAUUCGUCUCUCGUGCUGCACGAGAGCGUGGUGUUGGGGGGUACAGCGCAGGGGGAGUGCCAGGGGGUCAGCCUGCAGAGGAACCUCAGCGUUCCCCAGAGGAACCACGGGCUUCUCCGGAUGAAUCCUCUUCUCCUGAGAAUGCUGAGGAUCCGAGUCCCCCGGUAGUUCCCCGCGGAGCAGGUGUCACAGGCACAAACUCUGUUAGGCUAGAGCGAAGUGGCCGUCUUCCCAACUUUCAAACUGAGAACAGGGGAGCUCCGAGCUCUGAUGCUUCUUCGGAGGAGAGCGAGCCCUCCGAGUCUGAGGAUAACGACCUCGAAGACGAUGCUGAAGGUGACUCUGAUGGACUUGAAGAUGAUCAAGACAACAGCAGUCACCUGAGUCAAGGUGAAGAAGCUGACAUUGAAAUUGAAGAUGCAGGGGAUGUAGAAGAAGAAUCAAGCAGUGAGGAAGAAGCCGUCGUCCAACUUGGCUUCCAAAGCCAUGAGGCCUGGAGACGAGCUCUUGUCUCUCGAUCUCGUGGAUCUUACAACCCCAGAACAGUCAGGACUAUCACUCGCACCCUCCAGGCCUCUCGUCUAGACGAUUUAGACUCGGACACUGACAGUUCCUUGUCCUCCUUGUACACCAGCUCCUCGGAAGAAGAACGAUAUCCCCCAGACCAUGGGUACGACACGUCCGACGAGCUCGCCGAGGAGUACCACCGAGCAGAGUUCGCCUACGACGACGAUGACGAAAAGGCCGAGCUCAUCAGGCAAAAGUAUGGCCCGCCCAUGGGGACUCCCGACUCCCCGCCUCCUCCCGGUGAUGAUGCCCACAAGGGGAGGCGGGCCCUGAGGCCCCGGGAACGCGAGGAUGUCAAGAACACGAGACUCAUGGGCGCCUGCGUGCGCUGCAGAAUGCAGAAAAUCAAGUGCAACACGGACCAGAAUAGACCCAAGGGAGAAUGCAUCAGCUGCAAGGCCGUCCACAAAGAGUCUCCAAAACUCAUCCGCUUUAUGCCAUGCCAGAGGCUCAAGAUCGCCGACCUGGUGCUCUACCGCUGCGGAGGUCUCAACCUCACGCGGCGGUGGAAGGGCAUCCAGAUGCGAGACGUCUCUGACCGUCUCGACAACACGCCCACUGUCAUCAAGGUCUCGCAGGGCCUCUGCCGUAAACCACUCCUCAUGCGCGUCGUGCGCUUCAAGCCCAGAGCUGGCGACGUGACAGCCAGGUACUGGACCGACACUCUCUCUGGAAAGGAGACGUUUAAGAAGAAGGAGCUUGCGAGUUACUGUCUGCACGACAUCGUAGCCACUGCCGAGGCGGUUGAGCGGUAUACCAUUGAAAACGCCGUCCCUGCUUUUAUAGACGCCCUCAAGAAUGUGGCGGACAAGGAUCAGGAGGUAGACUGCAUUUACAAGACGGACCUCAUGGCGUUGAAGCACUACAUGUCCCUAACUGAAAAAAGCAACAAGACAAAGACGGACGACGACAUCAGAGAAGCAGGCAUCAUGCUUAACCUCUUCACCCUCUGGUGCGCAAUCCGUCACACGACAGGCUCCUUCUAUAUCGUGGGCGAAGAGAAACUUGGCAUGCUCCCCGAGUACGUGGAUAUAUCGUACCCCCUGAUCGGCAGAGUUUCUGUGCCCCGCAUGAUCGUGGCCCAGUUCGACACGCUCAACUACGUCUGGGUGCUCGAGCGGUUCAAAAACAAGCUCCUACGAGACAUUGACUGGCUUCUUCUGCAGAAAGAUAACCGUUGGUGGUUCACGCUCUACCUGAUCGUGUUUAUCCUCCUACGGGAAGCGAGCGUGAUGACGUUGGACAGGUACCGUCACGCGAGAGCAAACUUUGGGUCCAAGCUGCGAUACUCUAUCCCCACCUUCGUCGAGAGCCUCCACGGGAGCUGCAACAAUAUCCUCACGCACUGGCACUACAGGAACAAGCACCCGUGGCCACGAUCUCCCGACCCCAAGACCAAGAAGGGAACCUUUCUGAACCAUCUCACCGAUGAGCAGUACACCCUCAUCCAGGAGACGCUUCAAGACCCCGAGAUCCUCAAGCAGCUCGCCAUCUGGGAGGUGUACAAGAAGGAGAACGGCAAAAUUGAAAAGAUCAAACGACCCCAGAACCCCAACCACGUCGAGUACACGGGCAAGCAGGACAAGUUCGACUGGGACCACCCCUACUACUGGGUAGCCCAACUCUUCGAGCCAGACUGGCAAGCUCACCCCACGUACCAGCGAGAGCCAGUGCCCAAAUCUGCGGCAUCCUUGAUUAUCUCUUGA